CGCCUCCUUUUCUUCCAGCAGGAUCCUCCUGCUCCCUCCUUCGUGGCAGAUGAGCUUUCCAGGGCGGACAACUGCCCUCCUCGGCCUGAGUCUGACCCUGCUUCUCUGCAGCCAGGCUCCAGGGUCCAGGGCCAAGAAUUCCAGUGACCCUGCCGAGUGGAGGGUGUAGUCCUCCAGGAACUCUGGGAGGCCUUCUGGGCUGUGAAGGACAUUGUGCAAGCUAAGGAUAACAUCACGAGUGUCCGGCUGCUACGGAAGGAGAUUCUGCAGAAUGUUUCGGACGUCGAGAGCUGUUACCUCAUCCAUGCCCUGCUGAAGUUUUACCUGAAUACCGUUUUCAAAAACUAUCUGGAUAAGGCAGCUGAUACCAGGAUCCGGAAGUCAUUCUCAACUCUGGCCAACAACUUUUUUGUCAUCGCCUCAAAACUGCAACCCAGUGUGAGAAAACGACAUGUUUCUAUAAGUGAGAGUGCACGCCGGCGGUUUCUACUGUUCCAGAGAGCAUUUAAACAGUUGGACAUCCAAUCAGCCCAGACCAAAGCCUUUGGAGAAGUGGACAUUCUCUUGACCUGGAUGGAGAAAUUCUACCAGUUCUGAAUGCCAACACCAGGAUACCCUCUUGUUCUCCAUGUCAUUUGAAUGUGCC